CACAAGGUGAAUUCAGUUAUUUAUAUUUAGAAGUGUUCUUAUUUACAGAUCACACAGUGCACACUACAACGCAUAAAAUAAAAAAUUACUAGCAAUGAUGCUUACAGUCUUGCUAGUUGUACCCCUGGUACUUUUUCUCUUUUGUAGUGACUACUGUAAAAGUGCUUUCCAAAUUUUCACUCGGGACCUCAAAUUCAUCACAAAUGUCCUACUAUUCAAAAUUCGCUUCAGAUCACUAGAAAAGAAGGAAACGGUAGCUAAAAUUUUCACCAGUAUUCUUUCCAAACAUUCUCACAACGUGGCUUUUUAUUUUGAAGAGCAAAAGUGGACAUUCUUAGACGUGGAAAUAUAUAGUAACAAAAUUGCACACUUUUUCAAAAAAGAAGGAUACUCAAGAAACGAGAUUGUGGCUCUUUUUCUAGAAAAUAGACCCGAGUAUGGAUGCAUUUGGCUCGGUUUAGGAAAAAUUGGGGUAGUUUCUGCGCUUAUCAAUACAAAUCUAACUGGCGAGGUUCUGCUACAUUCUAUCAAAACUGCAAAAGUUGGAGGAAUAAUUUAUAGUUCUACUUUGAAAAAUGUAAUUGGAAUCAUCGCUGAAAAAAUACCAAACAUAAAACUUUAUCAAUUGAAUGACAAAAUUGAAACCUGUAAUUUGUUAAGAGGUGCUGUAGAUCUAACAACAAAACUCAAAACACAAUCGGAAUCUUCCCCCACGGAAGACAUAAACAAUGGAAAACUUACAGACAAGUUACUUUUGAUAUACACUUCAGGUACUACAGGGUUGCCCAAAGCAACUGUGCUUACAAAUAAAAGAAUUAUAUUCGUAAAUGUUGGAGCAAGUACUUUUGCAAAAUUGAGUUCAGACGAUAUCGUAUAUACCUGCUUGCCUUUUUACCACGGCUCAGCUGCAGCUGGAAUAACUUGGUGUUUCUUAUUUGGUCUAUCUGUAGUGAUAAAAAAGAAAUUUUCUGCAUCAAACUUCUGGAACGACUGCGUCAAAUACAAGUGCACGGUAUUCCAGUACGUAGGCGAAAUAUGUCGUUAUAUACUGGCAGCACAUAACGACACCGAGUUCCACGUCCAACACCAUGUUAAAAAAAUUAUGGGUAAUGGUCUUCGACCACAAAUUUGGGAAAAGUUUGUCCGCAAGUUUAAUAUCAAACAAGUAUUUGAGGUUUAUGGAUCCAUUGACGGAAACACGACCAUAAUAAACACUGAAAACAAAGUUGGAGCGGUGGGUUUUUUUCCCAGAUGGGCUUCAUUUAUUUCACCAGUUAAACUGAUCAAAUGUGACGAAGAAACAGGAGCGCCGAUCCAAGGAAGUGAUGGAUUUUAUCAGUUAUGUAAGACUGGAGAGCCUGGAUUGUUGAUAGGGAAUAUCGAUUUUAAAAAUAAUAUGACUGGUUUUUUUGGAUAUCAAGAUAAAACAGAUACUGAAAAAAAACUGUUGAGGAGUGUUUUCAGAACUGGUGGUGUCUACUUUAAUUCGGGGGACAUUCUGGUUCAGGAUGAGUCAGGCUAUUUUUAUUUUAGAGAUAGAACAGGAGAUACCUUCAGAUGGAAAGGAGAAAAUGUAUCAACUUCCGAAGUAGAGGCUGUAAUAAGCAAUCUUCUCAAUCUUGAAGACGCAGUGGUUUACGGUGUAAAGGUACCAUUCCAUGAAGGUAGAGCUGGAAUGGUAGCUUUGAUAGAUCGUACACAGUCAUUUAACGUGAACAAUUUUUAUGAUAAUUUGAACCAUUAUCUUCCUAUGUAUUGUAUUCCACUGUUUGUAAGAGUGGUGAGAUCUGUAUCAUUAACUGGUACUUUCAAACUAUUGAAGGUAGAUUUGCAAAGGGAAGGUUUCGAUGUUGGAAAAAUCAAAGACAAGAUGUUUGUGUAUGAUGUGAACAAAAAGUCCUUCGUGGAUCUAAAUGAAAAGAUGUAUGAUGAUAUUUUGACUGGGAAGAUUAAAUUUUAACAUCAAUAACUAAUGGUAUCAUGUGUAAAAUAAAUAAUAGCAAAUCAGUGUUAUAAUUAAA